CAGGUCUUUGAGGAGUAUUUGAUUUGGCGCUGGGAGAAUAUGCCCACCAGCCUGGGUGUGCGUCCUUCUGGCACUGGAGCUGUUGCGCAGAUGAGGCUGGUCUUGAUGGCACAAGGCGAUUCAGUGGAGAUCUUACGGCAGUUCAAGCAACUUCCCAAGUCGGAUGCCAACAUCCUGACCAAGGAGCUUGCGAUCACAGGUUGCCCUGGUCAGAGUUACAGCUGCGACGACUCCAGGGAGGUGCGUGGCCCUGCCAUACUGGUCUACUAUGCGCCGGCGCUCAUGCAAAAAGCCGGGCGAAAGAACCCUUAUGGCGCGCUGAGGAUCCUGGCGGAAGUCUUCCGACAGGCUCGCGCCCUGUGGCCGCUCAGCGACUCGGACGCCGAGAAGACGGUGCUCCUCCGCAUCGACGUCCUUAAGGAGCUGGAAACUGCCGAUAUCAUGGAGCCUCCUUCCGGCAUCCAAUUCCUACUUCAACGAAAUAGCUUGUACGAUGGACAGGUGAAGAUCGCCACACAUCAAGAGCUUCAGGACCGGAAUGCGGCCACCUCACAGGUCUUAUGCUUCAAGACGUCCACGAGCAGUUUGCCACUCCAAAAGCGGCGGACGAGCCUUCGCUUCAUGUCCUCCUUCUUGUCUUUUCAAGCCAAUCCGGGCCGAGAUCGCUCGUGACCAAAAUGGCCGGAGGAAAGCAGCUUUGGGCACUGGGAGUCGAUGGAGAGGUGACUUGAUGUGAGC